GCGCAGCGGAGGGCGGUGCGGGCGGCAUGGGGACUGCGGCGGCGGCUGCGGCGGCCGGGGAGGGGGCGCGCGGCCCGAGCCCCGCCGCCGUGUCGCUCGGCCUGGGCGUGGCCGUGGUGUCGAGCCUAGUGAACGGGUCCACGUUCGUGCUGCAGAAGAAGGGCAUUGUGCGCGCUAAAAGGCGAGGUACUUCCUACUUAACAGACAUCGUGUGGUGGGCCGGCACAAUUGCAAUGGCUGUUGGCCAGAUUGGAAACUUCCUAGCUUACACUGCGGUCCCUACAGUCCUGGUGACUCCCUUGGGUGCCCUUGGAGUACCAUUUGGGUCCAUUUUAGCUUCUUAUCUUCUGAAGGAAAAACUCAACAUCUUGGGCAAGUUGGGGUGUCUGCUAAGCUGUGCAGGUUCUGUUGUGCUGAUUAUCCAUUCCCCGAAGUCUGAGAGUGUGACAACUCAGGCUGAGUUGGAGGAGAAGCUGACCAACCCAGUGUUUGUGGGCUACCUGUGCAUUGUGCUGCUUAUGCUGCUGCUGCUGAUCUUCUGGAUUGCACCAGCCCAUGGGCCCACCAACAUCAUGGUCUACAUCAGCAUCUGCUCUUUGCUGGGGAGUUUCACUGUGCCUUCCACCAAGGGCAUUGGGCUGGCAGCCCAAGACAUCUUGCACAACAAUCCAUCUAGUCAGAGAGCCCUCUGCCUGUGCAUUGUGCUCCUGGCUGUCCUGGGCUGCAGCAUCAUUGUCCAAUUCAGGUACAUCAACAAGGCCCUGGAGUGCUUCGACUCCUCUGUGUUUGGGGCCAUCUACUACGUCGUGUUUACCACGCUGGUCCUACUGGCUUCAGCCAUCCUCUUCCGGGAGUGGAGCAAUGUGGGCCUGGUGGACUUCUUGGGCAUGGCCUGUGGAUUUACAACUGUCUCCGUGGGAAUUGUCCUUAUUCAAGUGUUCAAAGAAUUCAAUUUCAACCUUGGGGAGAUGAACAAAUCCAACAUGAAAACAGACUAAGAUGCAGCUGAUGGUUGGGGGCUUGAGGAACAGGCAUUGGGAGGGGUCUGUGGUUUUGACUAGUUGUCAAGUGGAAAAGACUCUCAGGGAGAGUUGCCCGUGUACUAACUAAUGAUCUAGUGGACAAUAGGGAGCCUUGCUUUGCACCAGGGUGGGGUCCAGACCUCUGCAGUACAAAGCUCCCAAUGGUUGUCUGGGUGUAAACUCUCUCUGAUGAGAUAAGUCCUGUUUUCAUUUCCAUUAACCUAGACACUUUCAUAAUUACUUGUUUAAAACAGUUGAACAUGAUUUAACCAGAUAAUAAGGGUGAGGUCUUUCUAGUUAGUCUUUGUAGGGGAGCAGCUGUUCUUACCUAAGUACCUUGGGAAAGGAAGAAACUGUUGUGAAGUCUGGCUCUGUACAGUACACGUGACUGACUUUGUCUGUGUUAAGCAUGUAUAGCAUUCAGGUAGUUUACUCAAAUAAGAGGUGUGUGAAUUGAGUUGUUGUUAGUCCUUUAACAACCUGACUCUCCUACGUGUACCCCCAAACAGUAGUGAGCAGAGAGAGGAGAGUUGAUGGUGGUGCGGAGUUCAUUGACAGGGUGACUUUCCAGUAGCUCAAAUUGAUUUUAGUGCCUUUAUCAUUUGAAUUGUUCACUUAAUUUAACUAUUGCGUGUAUAUGUGAAAUGUUCUAAUUAUAGAUAUGUAAAGCACUUAGAAAAAUACUGUGUUCAGUGGAAGAUAGUGAAAACUAAAGAUACAGAAAAAAAAUCUAAAAGUGGCCCAUUUCUGUAUCAUCCAAUUAAGGAUAACUGAUUAAUUCUGAAGAGAUACUUUAUUUUCACUUAACCUAUGUCACUUGGAUCCAUUAUGAAAAAUACCUGCUUUCUGUUUCAGGAGGCAUUGUAUCCAUUAAGAAGAAAUAAACUAUUAAACUUGACGAUAAGGUUGUUAAAUUAAAUUAAAGAGUGUCUAUUAAGUACAUAUCACAGGAGUUUAGUAAAAGCACCUCAAUAUAGGAACAGGUCAAGGACACAGCUUAGGACUGUUUCUACAAGGGGUAAUGUGUACUUUCUAAGGGAGUUUCUAGCAAAGAUGAAAACAAUUUAACCUCCUUGUUUGAAAUGGUUAAAACCUUCUAAAGUUCUUACCAAACAUCUUACUUAACCUUCUGACUGUAUGCAAGACCCUGGGUUUGAUACCCAGCAUCAAAAACAAACAACAAAGCAAACAACCUUCUUAGAAGGAAAAUAGCUAUUAAUCAUGCUGCGUUUUAUAUCUCAAAUGAAGGCCAUAGGAGCCUUCCCUGUGCAUUAAACUGGAGCAAGGUACAAAGGGAUACAAUAUAACAUAUUAUACACCGUAUUAUGAUGUUGUAUAUUCCAUAUGAUUUGUUUUAUCUAAAUGGAAUGUGCCAGUUUAAAAAUGGGGUUGGAUAAAGUAAAUUAGGUGAGGUAGAACAUGAACUUUAAUAAUACCCAAUUAAACUUUUCACUAAGGCAAAAAUGUACUUUUCCAGAUAAAAAGAACAUUUCUAAAGUAAAGACCCAAAGACUAGUUCACUGAACUGUAGAAUAAAAAGGGUAAAUAAAAUACUAGUUUAACAUAAGGGGAUCUGGUUAUCUGGCUCAUUUGUCACAUUCAGUGAAUUGAAAGUAUGAAUGAUGACCUCGGUGUAUCAGUCAGUGAUUUGUGAACAGCAAAAAAAAAAAAAAAAGAUUUAAACAGUUGAAAACCUUGCAUAAAGCAGUAGUUAGUAAAUGUUCAAGUUCAUUCUUUUUUUGUAUCAGCUCUUCAAAAUUUUUUUUUAAUCAUCAGUAUCAUUAGGGAUAGAAACCUUAACUUAAAUGUUUGAACAGAACAUAAUUGGAAAGUGUUAUGUAGCAGGAUCAAUAUAAUUUUAACAUUAAGGUUUCUGAGGUAAGAAUAUAGCUAUACUGUGCAAGGAAGAAAUUUAUAAUGUGGAAAUUGCUUUGUUCAUUUUGCUACUUACUGUGGAGCUUAGUUAAAUGCAUCUGCUGAUGUACCUGAAGUUUUAGUCCACAAUUACACCGUGAAUAUCCAAAGGUGUUAAUAUAUUGUGUGUGAAGCAAAAUUUCAUAGUAUUAAUAGUUCUCCUAAGUUCUGGAACAGUGAGACCACUCAGGUUUCCAUCUGUUCAGCAGAUUGCUUCAGUAGGAUGCAUGCUUUUGUUCUAGAGGAACUCAUUGCUUUUCAAGUCUGAUAAUAAUGUCCCAGUAACCAUCAGGAAUAGAAUCUAAUUUUCAAAUUCAAUAUAAUGCACAUAGAUGUAUACUAACUACUAUUUUACAAAUUCAGUUUUCAUAAUUCACUUGGAAAUGCAAAAGAAAAUAAAGAUUACCAAGUAAAAGCUUGGUGGGAAAGUCUAGAAUGCAAAUGAAUCUCUUACUAGUCUCCCCAACAGGAAACACUUUCAUUAUGAUAUAUUUUGGGGGUUUUAUUUCUGAUAAAACUUAAGAAAACAAUGCCUACUACGUACAUUUUUUUUCAAGUCUUUAAAAUUAUCAAAAUAAAAAAUGUUGGUAACAAUUUAGAGAAUUACUGUUGGAAGACAUUUAGGCAAUUUCUCUCCUCUUCUACUUGGACAAUGCCUUUGCUCAUAAAUAUCUUUGCAUUUGAAAAGGUUGUUUUCUGUUUUAAGUACUGAUCAAGUGUAGGAUCAAUUAGACAUUCCUUCUGGAACCCAGAUGCAGGAUACCAUCGGGAGCGUUUUUUUCUGGGCUGCACAACGGCUGUAUCUGUGGAGGUUCUCGAGGAAGCAGGCAUGACUGCCCACUUUGGGGCCUUUGGAGAGGAACUGUUUCCAGUGCCCUAGCUGAUCGCUAAGACUAUCACUACAGUUGUUUCUAUUAGAAUAUCAGUAAAAUAUAUUUUGCUGCUGUUUGUUCAACAAUAAGAUUCUAUUUCUACGUUCAAACGAUUUUGUUCUGCUUAAUUUUAUUUCCAGUUCAUCACAGAAAUAAUAUAUUAAUCUUUUUCCUUCA